GAGGCUCGCGCAGCAGACGCGGCGGCGAUGCCACCACCACCACCACAAAAUUUGGCAGCAGUGCAACCAGGAGGGACAGGGGAACAACAGGGAGGAGCGGCGGUCCAAGGAGGAGCACCGCCGCGAGCAGCGGUUCAGGUCCCCGACCAACCGGUGUUGAUGACCAGGCAGGAGAUGCAACAAAUGGUGGCGGAGGCAGCGGCCCAGGCGGUUCAACAAGUUACGAACAGUCUUUCUCGGGCUACGACUGCGCCGAAUACUUUUGCAGGGUCACGACAAAACGCGCAGGAGGAUGAGUCCAGUUAUGGUGGAGGCGGGCCCACGCACGACCGGGAGAUGGAGAGGAUGGCAGAACAGCUGCGCCAAUUGCAGGCUAAGGUGGAUG